GAUAUGACGGCCCCCUCUACUCCAACGGUGUAGUGUCAGACCAGUGGUCCGUCGCUCACAGGAGUUUAACGCUACGUUUCUGAAUAAAUCGAACUCCACAGGGGAGACUUGUGACACAUGAUGUCUUUUAACAAUGUUUCGGACCCGAGGAGACAAAACAAAAUUCUUCGGUACAAAGCUCCGAGCACGGAGACCAAUCCCACGCUGGAGGACCCCACGCCCGACUACAUGAACCUGCUCGGCAUGAUCUUCAGCAUGUGUGGGCUGAUGCUCAAGCUGAAGUGGUGCGCCUGGAUCGCGGUCUACUGCUCCUUCAUCAGCUUCGCUAACUCCAGGAGCUCGGAGGACACCAAGCAGAUGAUGAGCAGCUUCAUGCUGUCCAUCUCGGCGGUCGUGAUGUCCUACCUGCAGAACCCUCAGCCGAUGUCGCCGCCAUGGUAACCGAGGGCCAAUGAAAGCGCACGGCCCCCCCCCCCGGCCAUCGUUGAGUAAAAACAGACGGAAUGAAAGAUGACGUGGUAGAAGGAGACGAGAGGGACAGUGGACACCACGUCAGGACGGAGACACCCGGUGGUCUUUGACUCCUUGUUCUUAUUCUCUUUUCAACCUUUUCUAACUUUGUUUACUCAUGAAAUCUUCCAAAUUCUGCUGCCGUACGUCAUCAAUAAAGUUGUGUGAUUUUAAAAGGA